AUUAUGACGUUACAUCCACAGUCACAUGGCCUGACAUCAUAGAGUCGUGAUGGUGUUGAGAGUGCACGUCUUGACACAAGGGAACUGUGCAAUUAUAUUUUUAUUUUUAAUUAUAAUAAAAAUGGCAAUGGGGGUAAACUCAAAGAUUCAACACUCAAGUGAAACCGGUGAUCAGAAGAAAAAAGCAGAACCGUUUGAAAAGCUACAAUCUAACAACCUAAGUAGUAAAACAAGUACCUACCUGCUUAAAGACGUAAUCGGUGAAGGAAGCUUUGGUAAAGUUGCCCAGUGUGUAAACUUAGACACGUCACAGACCGUAGCCCUCAAAGUCCUUAAAACCAAGUCAAAUGUGAUAUCCAAAAUGGAGAUCAAAAUGCUUGAGAUAGUGAGUGUUCUGGACCCGGUCAAAAAGAGCAUUGUGAAGUUUAUUGAAAACUUUGAGCAUGAAGGCUAUACAUGUUUGGCUUUUGAAAUGCUCGACAUUAGUCUUUUCGAUUUUGUUGUCAAGAAACGAAAGAAGCCGUUGUCUGUCAGUGAGAUACGGCCGAUCGCGCAUCAGUUGCUUACGGCCUUUGAGGCUCUGAAAGGUAUCCAAAUCAUUCACGCUGACUUGAAGCCUGACAACAUCAUGCUGGUGAAUCAUUCAUGUGAGCCAUUCAGGGUUAAGUUAAUCGAUUUUGGCUGCUCCAUCCAGACCUCUGCAGUCACCCUUGGAAUGAUCAUACAGCCUAUGGGGUACCGAGCACCCGAGGUUACUCUUGGCCUCCCAUUCUCUGAGCAAGUGGACAUGUGGGGCCUUGGUUGCGCUCUGACUUUUUUGCACAUAGGCCAGCACCUUUUUGCAACAAAUUGCGAGUACCAGAUGAUGAAAUCCAUCGUGCAAAUACGAGGGCAGCCACCUGACUCGCUCCUCCUAGCAGGCAAAUACAGCCAAAAGUAUUUUACCCACUUGAACUUUGACCAGUGGAAGCUAAAGACUCCAGACGAAUAUAAACUUUCAAACGGAGACGCAACAAAAACAUGGAAGAUACGAUUAAAAUCUCUGGAUGCCAUUAGAACUAGCCGAGAGGAUACAAAAGAAGUGUUCAGCGAAUUUGAAGAUCAAAAUGAAUUUGUUAGCUUUCUAAAAUGUCUUCUAAGCAUUCAAGCUGAGAGAAGAAUCGCUCCGGGGGAGGCUCUCAAGCAUCGCUAUGUCUCAAUGGCUCAUCUGGUUCACGAGAGUCACACAAGCUCGUAUGUGGACAACGCUUUUGAUCAGAUGCUAGUUUGCCCGAUCGAAGGAUUUGAAGAAGAGCUCAUCUCAGACAGCGAGGAUGAAGACAAGGCUUCCUACGAUCUCAUUUUGCACUCAACGUGCUCCUCUGAUGGAGUAGCACAUAUGAGACAAUGGAGCAGUAGUGACUCCUUGAACAAAACAUCGCUAGAUGAUGGACACAUUGAGCAGGAUGUUUUGGAGUCAAUACAGACUGAUGGACAAAUUGAUCAGGAUGUACUUGAGCCAGUACAGGAGAAGCACAACGCGAAUAAUAUGCCAGUUUUUGUGUGCAGUGGUUGCGGAAUCCUGUUUAGAAAGUAAACAUGAACAACAGACUCGUGCACAAGCAAGUGGACAAGUCCAUUUUGAUCUGGAAACACAUACAUGAGCACAAAAUGUGUUUCAUAACUUGCCCCGCGAAAGAAAUUCCCACUGCCAACAUUUUUAGUUGCUUUUGCUUGUUUAUUCUUGGUUUUCCUCAAUCAAAAGCUUCCAGCACCUUAACGAGAAGAGACAACAGUAAAAAUAAAAGGAUUAUUUUUUCUAUUUUCAGUCAUCUUAUUAUAUAAAGAGUUUACAUAAUUUGUAUGAAAUUCAAAUUAUAAAUUGUGUAUAGU